AACAGUCUACCAUUCCUGGUGUUUGGUUUUAGUGGGCUGGGAAAAACAUGAGUUGUUCAACACCGAUGUCAUGAUGCAAGGACGUGAAGAUGUGAGUCAUGGUGACAUCCAUCAGCCAGAAUUGCUAGGAUUCAGUGAGAUGACUCACAGUAAGAGAAAUCACGCCACCCUCAAAGCCUCAUCCACCUGUCGUGGGCAAAGUGACUCAUCACAGCAUUGAAUUAUACUGGGAUCUGGAAAAGAAAGCCACACGCCAAGGACCUCAGGAGCAGUGGUUCAGGUUCUCGAUUGAAGAAGAAGACCCCAGAAUGCACUCUUACGGUAUCAUUUAUACGGGAUAUGCAACGAAGCAUGUUGUUGAAGGUCUGGAACCAAGGACGCUGUACAGAUUUCGCCUGAAGGUCACCAGCCCCUCUGGGGAGUGUGAGUACAGCCCACUCGUCUCAGUGUCUACGACCAGAGAGCCCAUAAGUAGCGAGCACUUGCAUCGGGCUGUUAAUGUGAAUGAUGAAGAUUUGCUUGUCCGAAUACUUCAAGGAGGCCAUGUUAAGGUUGAUGUUCCCAAUAAGUUUGGCUUUACCGCUCUGAUGGUUGCUGCCCAGAAAGGAUACACCAGGCUUGUGAAAAUCCUAGUUUCUAAUGGCACAGACGUGAAUCUGAAGAAUGGAAGUGGCAAGGACAGUCUAAUGCUGGCGUGCUAUGCGGGACACCUAGAUGUUGUGAAAUAUCUCCGAAGACACGGCGCUUCUUGGCAGGCUAGAGACCUGGGCGGCUGUACGGCUCUGCACUGGGCUGCAGAUGGAGGCCACUGCAGUGUGAUUGAGUGGAUGAUAAAGGACGGCUGUGAGGUAGACGUCGUGGACACUGGUUCAGGGUGGACCCCACUCAUGAGAGUCUCCGCGGUGUCGGGAAAUCAGAGGGUGGCCUCUCUUCUGAUUGAUGCUGGAGCCAACGUGAAUGUGAAGGACAGAAAUGGAAAGACGCCCCUUAUGGUGGCUGUGUUAAAUAAUCAUGAAGAGUUAGUUCAGUUACUUCUUGACAAAGGGGCAGAUGCAAGUGUAAAAAAUGAGUUCGGCAAAGGUGUCCUAGAAAUGGCCAGAGUUUUUGACAGACAGGUUGGGAUGCUCUUUCUGCCUAUCAAGGCUAAUUUUGUAGUCCUUCUAGACCCAAACCACCAAAACCCUGCAUUACAUUCUCCUGUCUGUUUUGUUUAUCCAGAGUGUAAUCUCCUUAUUAGAAGAAAGGAAAAAAAAGCAGAGGCCAAAGAAGUCUUGUGUCUGCUGAUGAGAGCACCACUCAUCUGCGAAAUGCACGUAAAACAAAGUGAACCGUGACUGUUAAACUAGGGAUGGGAAAUUCUGCAUCUUGGAGGGCUGUACGUUUAUUUAUUUAUUGAAGAUUUACUGAUCCCACUUUGAAAUACAUCUUUUUACCUAA